AGGAGUGCCACUGUCCCCACAGCUGGUGGCAGUGCCACUGUCCCUGUCAAGGACAAUGCAGCCAGUGGCAGUGCCACUGCUGGGGACAGGCCUGUCACCAGGAGUGUCACCAUCCCAGUCAGGGACAGCCCAUCCAGUGGCAGUGCCACCCCUGGGGACAGGCCUGUCACCAGGAGUGCCACUGUCCCCACAGCUGGUGGCAGUGCCACUGUCCCUGUCAAGGCCAGUCCAUCCAGGAUCAGUGCCACUGCUGGGGACAGGCCUGUCACCAGGAGUGCCACCGUCCCCACCAGGGACAGCUCAUCCAGGGACAGUGACGCUGGGGACAGGCCUGUCACCAGGAGUGCCACCGUCCCUGUCAGGUACAGCCCAUCCAGUGGCAGUGCCACCUCUGGGGACAGGCCUGUCACCAGGAGUGCCACCAUCCCCGCCAGGGACAGCCCAGCUGGUGGCACUGCCACUGUCCCUGCCAAGGACAAUGCAGCCAGUGGCAGUGCCACUGCUGGGGACAGGCCUGUCACCAGGAGUGCCACCAUCCCUGUCAGGGACAGCCCAUCCAGUGGCAGUGCCACCACUGGGGACAGGCUGGACGGUGGCAGUGCCACUGUCCCCAGUAAGGACAGCUCAUCCCUGGGCAGUGCCACCCCUGGGGACAGGCCUGUCACCAGGAGUGCCACCGUCCCCGCCAAGGCCAGCCUGUCCAGUGGCAGUGCCACCGUCCCUGUCAGUGACAGCUCACCCAGCACCAGUGCCAGCCCUGGGGACAGGACAGGCAGUGCCACCCUCCCUGUCAGGGACAGCUCGGCCAGGGACAGUGACACUGGGGACAGGACAGUCAUCAGGAGUGCCACCAUCCCUGUCAGGGACAGCCCAGCUGGUGGCAGUGCCACUGUCACCAGUAAGGACAGCUCAUCCCAAGGCAGUGCCAGCCCUGGGGACAGGCCUGUCACCAGGAGUGCCACUGUCCCUGUCAGGGACAGCUCACCCAGGGACAGUGACACUGGGGACAGGCCUGUCACCAGGAGUGCCACUGUCCUUGUCAGGGACAGCUCAUCCAGGGACAGUGACACUGGGGACAGGCCUGUCACCAGGAGUGCCACCGUCCCUGUCAGGUACAGCCCAUCCAGUGGCA